AUGUCAGCUAGAUUCCUAUCUGUCUUUAGGAAUACGGUAGAUCUGGAAUUCGAACAUUGGGGUUCAUUUAGAGAAGCGUUCCUCACCGUCUUUGCAUCCGGUUCCACUGACCUUGCCGUGAUGAACCGUGUGCUCACACAAUUCCGUUAUGAUACCAAGUGGACGGUCUCGUCAUUUACAAAUGCUUUCACCAUCAUUGCUGGUCGUGUUUACGAAAAUAAUGACAAUCGAAGUUUUGUACUGGCGUACAAAAAUGAAUUUUACAAUAUCAAGACCAUCAAUAAAGAAUUACAAGAAAGAACCACGGAUUUUGUUCAAAUGAGAUCCGUCGCUAUCUCUCUUAAUAGUAAUAAUGACUUUAGAUUAGAUUGUAAAUGA